UUCCUCAGGCUCACUUAUACAAAUACUUGAAAGCUUAAUCACAGAGACCUCAAAUAAUUCUGGAUCUUUUUGCAUCCCCUCCCCUCAGCCCUCCACGCUCUGUUUACAUCGUCCUCCCUCUUCUACCCCCACCCGGCCCCCAUCCCUACCCCCCAGAGAAGGACGCUUCUGAAAGGACUGGAUUUGCUGAAGAACUGGUAUGAUUAGCUGAACAUUUGGAGGGAGUAUUUUGGGGGGCUUCCUUUGACCCCUCCCUCCACUCAAGAAAGCAAGAGGGAGAGAGGACAGAGAGGAAGUGGGAGAGAGGAGAGAAAGACUGAGAGACUCGAUCUCUGAUCACUGAAGAAACUCCUAUUCUCCUUCUCCCCCAGCCUACGGGACCAUGUCCAAGCCCACCGACCAUAUCAAGAGACCCAUGAAUGCUUUCAUGGUAUGGUCCCGGGGCCAAAGAAGGAAGAUGGCCCAGGAAAACCCCAAGAUGCACAACUCGGAGAUCAGCAAACGUCUAGGGGCCGAGUGGAAACUGCUCUCCGAAGCGGAGAAGCGCCCCUACAUCGAUGAGGCCAAGAGGCUUCGCGCCCAGCACAUGAAGGAACACCCGGACUACAAGUAUCGGCCACGACGUAAGCCCAAGAACCUACUCAAGAAGGACAGGUACGUCUUCCCUUUACCUUACCUCGGAGAAACUGAUCCCCUCAAGGCAGCCGGCCUGCCCGUGGGGACCACGGACAGUCUCCUCGGCUCUCCCGAGAAAGCCAGGGCGUUCCUGCCCCCCACCUCGGCACCUUACUCCCUCCUGGACCCCAGUCAGUUUAGUUCCAGCGCCAUCCAGAAGAUGACUGAGGUCCCUCACACCUUGGCGACCAGCACGCUGCCCUACGCGUCCACCUUGGGCUACCAAAAUGGGGCUUUCGGCAGUCUCAGCUGCCCCAGCCAGCACACACAUACCCACCCGUCCCCUACCAACCCGGGCUAUGUGGUGCCCUGUAACUGUACUGCCUGGUCGGCGUCCAGUUUGCAGCCCCCAGUUGCCUACAUCCUCUUCCCCGGCAUGACCAAGACUGGAAUAGACCCUUAUUCUUCAGCCCACGCGACGGCCAUGUAACCCUUUUGAUCCCCACCCUGCUCCCAUCUUCUCCCCCCUCCCCGGA